AGCCGAAGCAGCGAACGAAGCGGAAUUUGCUUCGCUUUUGCGCCUUUACAAUUUCGUUUUGUAUACAAAUUCGUAGAAGAAUUUGUACAAAGCACGAUGAUGUAUUAAAAUGAAAAUAUCUGAUAUAUUAAUUAAAAACUCGUUGCAACCCUGCAUAUCCCUAUUAACCCAUUUGAUUAACGGAAAUUUUAUGAGCAUGAAUCAAAAACAAUGAGUUUUUCGCCGAAAGUACUAGCCAACAUAAAACAGGCAAUUGAUUCAGACGAAGAUGAAUAUGAUAUUAUAAAAACUUUUCCUGAAGCUACAACAGCAAUCGAACCGAUAGUAGAAAUACUUCCAAGGUGCAAAGAUUUCAAGGAAGAGUUGGAUGCCAACGUUGAUCCUCUACUUGGCAAUGUCGAAAAAUUUGUUCAAAAUAGCUUUGUUGGUACUUAUCAAGAUACGGAAAUUUUAAAGACUGAUGAAAGUGAUGACAAUGAGGACAAUGCAACAAGUCGCCCUAGCAAGAGAAAACGGCUUGAAGAUGAGGUAAAAGGCCGCAAUGGCUAUACAUGGAGCACAAAUAAGGCCGCGGCUUCAACUGACCGUAGCUUUGACUCUGCUUUAGAGUUUCUUCAACCGAAGGGGAAAGGGCCCGCACAUACAAUAAACAAUAUACUCGAAAUGUGGAGUUUGCUCUUGGAUGAGCAAAUUGUUUCCCAAAUUGUACACCACACUAACGUAGCUAUAAAAGAGCGUAAAGUUAAGUUGCCCCAUCAGCGAUUGAUUGACGCGGUGGAGCUACGCGCUUGGAUAGGACUUACAUAUCUUUGUGGUAUUUUUCGAAAUGCAACUCAUAAUGGCCCACUGGAUGAACUAUGGUCACUAGAGUUAGGUAAUGCUAUCUUUCGCGCUACAAUGUCUCUCAAAAGGUUUAGGUUUAUAUUGGAAUGCAUGCGAUUUGGCGAAAACUCAAAACAAGGAAAGACACAGCAGUCACAGGCGGUCAUUGAUAUAUGGAAUAAGUUCAUAGUAAAUUGCCGUUCAUAUUAUGCACCCAGCGGAAAUUGUUCUGUGGGUGAGGUGGUGAUGAAUUUUACAAAUAUAAACGAUGCGCCUCGAUUACUAAUGAUAUGCGAUGUCAAAACGUUAUAUAUGUGCAAUGCUGUUCUAAAUCCCGCUGGCGACGAUUAUAGAGACCGUGACGUACUACGACUUGUAUCCGACAUAAAAGGUAGCAAACGAAAUAUCGUACUUCCUUCACAUCUGACCAGCAUAGAACUAACAAAUAAACUGUUGGACAUGGACAUGUCAGCACUGGGCAUUUUGCCGUAUACAGCUAAGGAAAUACCACAAGAGCUUACGUCAAAUAGUGCAAUACGAAAGUUAUACUCUAAAUCUGCUAAUUUAAUAUGCAGUCAACAAAAUUUAGGCAUCUUAUUAACCAGCGGAAUUCCGAAUAGAAUAAAAGUUGAACAUCUGUACAGUUUAAGUUGUAACACCAGCCAGAGCUACCAAGAAAAAGUUUGUAUGUAUUCAACUAGUCAUGCCGCACAGCCCAAUCAAGAUUGCUAUGCAUUGAAUUUCUUUCAAAAUAUUCUUGACUAUGCUGUUGUAAAUGCCUGGAUACUUUUUGUACUUUCUGCGAAUAGCGAUGGCAGUAUGAAGCAACGAGACUUUCAACGACAUCUUGGACUAUAUCUAACGCAACAACAACUCAAGCGGCAACUUCAUUCCAAUCGUCUUACGUUGCCACAGAAGAUACAAAUCUCAGAUGUUCUGGGUGAGCCAAUAGAUCAGUUAUUUGCAAGUGUCACGACAGGAACAACAAACGAUAGCAUUAUUGCAUCCAUACCCAACGAAAAACUAAACUUGCCAGACGGUGUUAAACUAAUGCCUAAGAAUUUGAAAACUCGCACUCGUUGUCGGAAAUGUCCGAGCAAAGUUUCACGAAAAACUAAAACAAGAUGUCAACAGUGCUUAAGGCCACUCUGUCAGAAACAUUUUAUACUGCGAUGCCGUGAUUGCACAGGUGUUCCAGAAAUGGAAACAAGUGCAGAUGUAGAGGAGACCGAACCUGUAUUGAGUGAAAGUGAUGGAGAACAAGGACAAGAUGAUAAUGACCUUCUCAACUUUGAAUAGUGUCAGUUGUCUGUUGAUUAACUUUUUUUAUAUUGUAAAACGUAUUAUAGGUUUAUAAUGCAUAUAUGAUAAAAAUGAAAGUAAAUGUAUGUAAA